UUCUAAUAUAAAGUUAAUACAAAAUCUGGUAAAAACUUAAAAUAAAAUAAUAUAUUUUAGUUUAAAUUAAUUUUUAUAUCUAAAAUUUAUUUUUUGAUUUUUUUUUUUGAUAAAAAUUCUUAAUCCGUGAUACGUGACGCGAAUAUUAAUACAGACAUAUUGAAAGUUAACAGGUGUAAACAAGCGGCAAGGACAGGAAAUUUUGGUCACCAGAAAAUCAAUCAAUUUAUAUUUUCUUCGUUUCAUUUUUUUCUUUCAUUUUUUUUCUCUGCAUUUUUUUUAUUUUUAAAUUUAGUAAAUUUAUUUUCGGUUUACUCGUCGGAAAACUAUCAAGAUGGUCAGAACAAGGAAAACCAAGAACUUAGAGGGAGUGGUAAAAUCUCUGAACGAGACAGUUCAGAAGCUCAAGGAAAGACUCGAUAAAAGUGAAAUUCAAGAAUUAGACCAGGAUGAAAUCAGAAUAGACGGACAUUCAACUAAGAGGGAAAGUAUCAGCAACCAGCAACCUCAACCGUCAAACCAGGGAAUAAAAAAACGAGUCCCAGUAAUAACCGAAAGCAGAACACUAACAAAGCCACUUACAAUAAAAAGAACAGAACAAUGGCAAGAAGCAGCAAAUUAUGAUUUCCGAAAAGAAAUGAACGAUGGAGACAUAUUAUUACACGAUCAUCCCCAAACCAGUGAUACAUCGAUAAGGGAUGAAAAUAUAACGUUUUUGACAAAAGAUGAAAAAGUGUGGAGAUUAGACAGACUAAAAGCGCAGGUAUUCUUGGAAAAUAUUGAAAAGAUGGAACAACUCCAAGCAAAGGAAGCAGAGUGGAUCAAAACAACAGCGAAUUGGAUCCGAUGGGCAAAAACAAGAAUACAGGACGAAAAAACUGCAGCAGCGCGUAUUGAACUAAUCGAAUCAAUACCACAGAUUAAUGACAAAAAUUUAAUCAGAGACUUAGAACGAGAAUUAGGUCUAAAAAGAAAUGAUAACGGUCAUUGGCAAAAUUCAAUAAUAAAUUAUAUAGCAAAAGAUGUACAGCUAUGGGAUGAUACGUUAGAACCAGACGAAAUAGCGAAUUCAACACAAGUAUUCAGUAAACAACAGAAUAAGAAAUCACAAGAACAAUACGUGAGGACAGACAACUACAGUGCUCACCUGGGAUAUCAAACAGCGCAACAACAGCAAUAUACGACGUAUCAACCAGCUCCACAACAAUACAAUAAAACGUACCAGCCACCACAACAACAGUGUGGGACAGAAUAUCAACAACGCCAACAGUAUCAUAGACCGCAAUACCAGAGCCAAUACCAAACGUAUAGGCCAGACUAUCUAAGUGAUUAUCACGGACAAACAAAUUACCCGAUCACAAUUUCUCAAAGCCAUAGAGAAAAUUCAAUGAAAAAGAUAGCAGAUAAAAUACAUCUGAUGGAAACUUUAAUAAGGGUGAAAGGAUUGAGAUUCACAAAAUCAUCACAACCAAAGCAGUGGAUCAAGAAACUAACAGACGUAUGCAGAGAGCAGAAAUUCGAUUUUGAAGACAGACUGGAAUUAUUAAAAAUUGCCAUUAACGAAGAAGAAUGGAUAAAUCAAAACUGCGACCUAUGGUCAAACUGGGAAGAAGUCGAACGCUCAUUCAAAGUAACGUUCUGUAAGACGAUGAAAGAUACUGACGUACUGCAAGAAUUAUUCAAUACAUAUCAACGAAAAAACGAAGACACCCAAGAAUUCAUCAGAAAUAUGAGGACAAGAUUCAAGGAACUAGACAGACCUCUAGGCUUAAAAGGAGAGCUAGAUAUAUUGAUACCAAAAUUAACAGCAGAGAUGCAAACUGAGCUUAAUACUAUGCCAGUAAUUUCAUCGUAUACACAACUAGCUGAGGCAAUAGCCACAGCAGAAAGAAGACUAGCUGAUAAAAGAAAGGCCAGAGAUGUAAAUAGGUCAACUGUGAGGAGAUUGCAGAACACCAGGGACUCAAUAUCAGAGACUGACACUGACUCACAAUCAGGGGAAGAAAAAAGAGUACAACGACUCGUCAGAAAAAAGAGGCACCUGAGAAAACCAGCGAUAAAAAAUUCUCCAGAACAAGAAAUACACAGUGACAAAUCAAACGACAAGAAAAUCAAUGUCGUAUUUGACAAAAGAAAUAAUAACAGACACAGAGACAGAUCGAACUCGAACGACCGGAACAAAAGAUCAGGAUCAAAUACAUCAAGAUCAUCUACAAGAACGGUCGGAGGCACUUACAUUUGCCUUAACUGCGGAGAAAGAGGAGGACACAGAUCCCGGGACUGCAGAAAUGAACGAGUAAAUAUCUGUGUGAAUUGCUUAAAAGUAGGUGAGACUGUAAAGACAUGCAGCUGUAUAAAAAACUAGCAGCGCGAGUGCAACAAGUACAGGGGGUUGUACUCGCCCGACAGCAAUCACCCCACGCUACACUUUGGAGGGGAAGGGAGGCAUGCAGUCAUCACUCGAGCGGGAGAGAAACGGAAACAGAUAACGGCGAGCUAUCCAGCGAGCCGGACGCAUUUACAGAAAGUGAAAACGGUGAUUGUAACUAUCUAGUGAUUGCCAGCAUGGGAAACUGUUUAGCAAAGAGUUGUGGAGGUGAUUACUUUGAGCCGAGUCCAAUCAGAGAAAGAAGAGGACAAACCAGUGGCCAAGAGAUCAAAAAAUUCACGCUUAAUGUACCAGCGGGAGCAACUCUAGGCGAAAAAAUGCAAAUAAAUUAUGAAUUCGUUGGGGAGCCUGAUCCAGACUUCAUCAGUGUCACGACCAGAAGAAGAGCAGAACCGAGAGCUGCUCAGAAAUCAACGGUUUCACGGAAGAAUCGGCGAUAGAAAUUCAUACUGGCUCAAUCCA